AUGGCUGCCAACCCCGUCCAAAAUGGUCUCUUCGUCCACGGCAACACCACUGCGCCCGAGCACCCUAACUUGCUGAGUCUGUUCUCCCUGAAGGGCAAGACCGCCAUCGUUACUGGUGCUGGCGCUGGUAUUGGUCUUGCUGUCGCCCACGGUCUGGCCGAAGCUGGUGCUAACGUUGCCCUGUGGUGGAACACUAACGACAAGGCACCCCAGCGUGCUACUGAGAUUGCUUCCAAGUACGGUGUUCAGACCAAGGCUUACCAGGUUAACAUCACCGACGCCGAGGCCGUGCAGAAGGCCGUUGACCAGACCGUAAAGGAUUUCAACGGCCGUCUGGAUGUCUUCAUUGCUAAUGCCGGUAUCCCCUGGACUAAGGGUCCUAUGGUGGAUGGCCCAAUCGCCCACUACACCGACGUCGUUAACAUUGACCUUGAUGGUACCUACUACUGUGCCAGGGCUGCCGCUGCCCACUGGAGGAGACAGAAGGAGGAGGGUACCGACAUUAACGGAAAUAAGUUGACCAACUUCACCUAUGGAAGCUUUGUGGCUACUGCUUCCAUGAGCGGCCACAUUGUCAACUUUCCCCAGAUGCAGGCUGCCUAUAACGCUGCCAAAGCGGCUGUUAUCCAUCUCUCCAAAUCUCUUGCCGUCGAAUGGGUUAGGUUUGCCCGCUCCAACACUGUCUCUCCCGGUUACAUUGCAACCGAGAUCUCCAACUUCGUACCCCAAGAAACCCACAACCUCUGGCAGGACAAGAUCCCCAUGGGCCGUGAGGGUCGCCCCGAGGAGUUGAAGGGUGCCUACCUCUACCUGGCUUCCGAUGCCUCGAGCUACACUACCGGAGCCGACCUGGUUGUCGACGGUGGUUACUGUGCCCCAUAA